AUGCAACCAUGCGAAACGACUUUGUGUUCUUUCGGUUCGAUUUGCGUUACGGAAUCGGAUGGUAGAACUCAUUGCAAAUGUCCAACAUCUUGUCCGAUAACAUAUUCUCCAGUUUGUGGAACGGAUGAUAAGGUUUAUAACAACGAAUGCCUUUUAAGACAAACAUCUUGUCAGAAACAAACGAUUAUAAAAGUUUUACACGAAGGAAAAUGCGGUGAAAAUCACGUUCGAGUUUUGUUUUUGUUGUAA